AAUAAACAUUUAGGCUCUUGUUGUUAUUUUCUUGUUUUCACUAGCAACUAAACUAUAACUACACGGCCUCUAGUUAAAAAUACUUUGCCACGACGAAACUAGGCACUUUUCAAGUCGCUAUACGGACAGCAACACGUACGUAGGGCGGGUGGUAAAUCACAAGCAAAUAAGACAAUUAUAUCAAAAAAGCUUUUAGAAACCAGCAUGGCGGAAGAAAAGAACAACCACAACAGCCCAAUGGACAUGAGCGGCAUAAGUCAGAGCACGGAUUCACCGCUACUAUCCUCCAUAUUCAGUAGCAUGGGAGGCGGCAAUAGUGGGAUGCUUGGAAGCGGGGUAUCGACAAACGAUAGUCUAGACCUAUUGUCUAUUCUUCCUAGUAGCAACAACAACAACAACAACAACAAUGGUUCUGUAAACACCCUCGGCAUAACACCGAUGCCGUUGGAUCCGGACAUUGACCAGCUGAUGAAGUCUCUGGGCGACAUUAAGGACGCACCCAAGGUUACAGAUGACGAACUGAAUAAGCUGCUAGGAAGUAUUAACGUGAGCUUUUCUAGCAGUAUGCCGAUGGGCUCGAACAUGAGCAGCGUGAGUGAUUCAGAUUCACUGGCCGCGCUGGGCAGGGACUUGGGGAUUGAUUUGAGCUCACCCGUACCCAUGUCGACAUCGACACCAUUGGCGGCUAUGGGUGACGGUCUGUCUCUAUCAUCGUUUACGCCGUCCAUGACGCAUGGGGCAUCGCAGGGGAUGUUUGGCAUCCAGAAUACACCGUCGAUGCCGGGCUCACCGGGGAUGGCGGGGCAUAUGGCUAGGUCAUCGCCUUCUGUGUCGCAGCAGGUGCAGUUCCGGCCGGCAACACCUAGGCCCUCACCCUUACUUCAGAGGCCGAUGAGCAACCCCCAGGCAGCCCGGCGGCCACCGCCAUCACAAACACCUCAGCCACAAACGCAGUCACAACCACAGCCACAAUCACAGUCGCAGAUGCAGACACACGCAAAUGCCAUGGAACCCAACAAGACACCUCAGCAACAGAGACCGGCAACUUCAAACACUAAUGGGGCGCAAAUGUCAGCAAUGUCGGGAUCGUCUAUGAUGCAGCAACAGCAACAGCAACAACAGCAACAUCAAAAUCAAAUCUUACAGCAGCAACAGCGUCCCCAAAGGCCACAGAAUCCCAUGAUGAACAAC